CCGAUAUCACACCUACCCCACUCCGCCCCCACUCUCUCUCUCCCCCUCUCUCCAGUUUUUUCUCAACCAGUGCCACUAAACUCUUCCGAUCUCAUUACACCCUAAAGUUCCCUUUUUGAAUUCUAAUUCCCUCUAAAAAAAUCCCCAUUCUAAAGGCUCACACGAUCUUUUUCUCCUAUUUAAAGAAUUAUGAGUGCUCGACUGGUAGAGAUUCAGCCAUGUGAACUUAAGUUCAUCGUUGAGGCGAUGAAACAAAGCUCGUGUGUUGUUGACCUUACCAAUGUUACCGACCAACAUGUAGCUUUCAAGGUGAAGACUACAUCGCCAAAGAAGUAUUGUGUACGGCCUAAUGUAGGCAUAAUCAUGCCAGAGUCAACAUGUCCUUUCACAGUUACCAUGCAAGCACAGAAAUCAGCUCCUGUCAAUAUGCAAUGCAAGGAUAAAUUCCUGAUCCAGUGUACUGUUGUGCCAUUUGACACAACCGAAGCGGAGAUUCCUCCCAUCUUUGCAAAAGAUAGUAAAAAUUAUAUUGAAGAGACGAAGCUUAGGGUUGUUUUGACUAGUCCACCUCAAUCUCCAGUGUUGCUGCCAGUUAAUGGAGUUUUGAAGCCUGAGCAAUCGUAUCACACUCUAAUGCAGAAAGAUAAAUUGCAGUUGGGAGUCGAAAAUUCCCCCCCUGAGUUGCUGAUUAAGAAUGUUGAGGAUGUCAAAUUGGCUGGGAUCAAGGAAAGUUCUACAUCUCCUAAGGCUGUGGAAACUUCCAAGUUAUUCCCUACUAAAGAUGAGGAGUUUAGCCCUAGCAAGGAGGAAUCAAGAAAAGUUGAGGAUGUGGAAGUGGCAAAAUCAAGACAAGUUGAGGAUGUGGAAGUGGCUAAAUCAAGACAGGUUGAGGAUGUGGAAGUGACAAAGUCAACAGAAGUUGAGGAAACGGAAGUGACGAAAGCAAGAACAGACGAGGAAGCAGAGACAAAAUCAAGACAUGUUGAGGAUGUGGAAGUAAAAAGGUUAUCUAAAGAUAUUCAGGAGUUGAAAAUAAAGAUGAAUGCCUUGGAUUCAAAGCUAAUUGAGGCUGAAAAUACCAUCACGAAGCUAAAAGAAGAAAACAGCAGCGCCCUUCACGAGAAGGAAACAUUAAAGCAAGAAUUGGCAAUGUUGAGGAGAUCGAAGGGAAAGAUAAAAGUUCGAGUUGGUUUCCCCCCAUUGUUCGUUUGCAUGGUCGCCCUGGUUUGUCUCACUAUCGGGUUGAUGUUACGUGCUAAGUAAAAAUUUCAAGCUUGCCGCGCAAGAACUUUAAUCCAGUAUAUGACAGAUAACAGUGUUUUCAGUGAAUGGUUCAUUAUGACAUCUUUUGUACUACUAGUCAAAGUUGAACGUGUAUUGUACGUUAUUUUAAAAUAUUUUAUAAGUGAUGAAAAAGUUAAUAUUUGGUAUUAA